UACAUCGUAGGAGAAACCCGUCGCCACACAUUUUUGUGUAAACCUACUAAGGAUGGCUGAUACCAACUUGGCUGUGUCCCAGUGGAGUCCAGAGUAUGUACAAGAGCUUUCCCCGGCUGCCCAAAAGAUAGCGCUUCUCUACUAUCUCUCUUACCUGUGCCUGGGCAAGUUCAGCAAACUGGAGAGGAUCGUCAGGAGUCGCGCGGUGGAAACACAGACUCUGUUCGGCUCCUCUGAUGCAACUUUGAUGAAAUGUGUUUCGACCAGUGAUAACCUGGUUAAUACGCUGUUUCCCAUGUUGGUGACCGCUGUGGAGAAGAAUAAGCCGACUUUGGCGGUCAAAUUCCUAGAAAAAGCACAAGUCUGGAUCACAGACAUUAUCAAUGAUGUGAAAGAGAUAGUGCAAAGGUAUGAUUCACACAACACAGAUGUAUCAUCGGCCGCCAGUUAUGUUAUCCAGGAAAAAGAAGAGACAGAUAAAAAUAAUGCAAAACAAGACCAAGAGUUGAAGGAGAAUGAAGAAGCCCUGGGUAAUAUGACACAAUUAUGGAAUGAUAAAACAAAAGAGAUUGUUGAAAUCGAUAAGAAGAUAAGCAACAAAACCAAAGAGAUUCAAGAUUAUGUCAGAUCCAUAACGGAAACAGAUGGAGACCUCGACAUCAUCGCUGCAUUCGUUCAAUUCAUCGAGCCGAUUAGAAAAAGAAUCUAUGGUCUUGUAAAAAAUCCUAAACAAGUUGCACAUAUGAAGGCUCUUGAAGCUGAACUGAAUAUCCUCAUCGCUAAUAAGACUGAUCUGAAACAGAAGCAGGAGCAGGACCAACUCCAGAUCAUUGAUUGGCAGAAGAAGGUUGCCAGACUCAGAGCCAGUUUUGAACGGAAGUCCAUACCCGACCCCAUCCAUCUAGACGAAGUUCAGAAAAGCUUGUCAAAAAUUCGUGGCAUUCUGGGUGAUGUCCUAAACUUCUGGGAGGAUGUUGAUAAUAGGCUGGAGUCCCUGAAACAGAAGACUGCUGGAGAAGAAUUUGACACAUUUAAAGAUAAUUUUAUUGAUUCAAUCCAAAAAGCCAAAGAGGCUUGGAUCAGUUUUGCUGUCAGCUGUCAACAAGCAUCUGUCAUGUUUAGGCUCCAGACCAAAGAUGCCUACAAGUUUCUGGAGAUCAAUCCUUCCUCUCUCUCCAAGGAGGAAUGGGAAAGAACGUACAAAAGUGUAAAGAAACAACUGGAGAAAAUUGACAGACCACAACAAAGAGUGACAUCCACUGUUGGUCCGACCCACGCAGCCCAACCCACACAAACAUCCACUGUUAGACCUGGUCUUGAAUGAUCAGAGCGCUGACACACACACACGAGUCCUCUUUGAGUUUUCUGCCUCAUGAUGCUGUAAUCUGGGAUGAUGAUGAUGAUGUUUAGCCUUUAUAAACCCUGUACUUGUAAACCGCAGAGUUCUGUAAUCCUUUCUACUAAUGCCUAAAACACUAUAUACUCCUCUCCAUAUGUAUCAUCUCUUUAUGAGCUCUUGCAAAAAGACUCUUGAUGAAUGGAUAAAAAUGGACGAAUGCUUUAUGAAUAAAGUCUAAUAACAUAAUUAUUGACUUUUGUGGGGUUUUUUUAAUAAUUUAACUUUUUUAUGUCUGAAGUCACUGAACUAAUUUUUCUGUAGCAAAUAUUUCAUCAUCUUAAACUACUUCUGAAGUCACUGGAUGCACAAAAAUUAUCACAUUAUACAGGUUACAAAUAUUUUCUUGUUUUAUUCUGAUAAUAAAUAAGCUCCCUUGUGCGGAUGAUUUUAACACAGUUUACCAGAACAGUGAUGGAUUAUUAUAUCACAACAUUCACUCACUGGUGGCACAGUCAGUGUCACCCUGAACAUGUUUUAGGUGUAAACUUGCUGGUAUAGCCUUUAAAAUAAUUCUCAGUCAUUGGAUAUAAAGAUAGAAAAGCUGUGUAAUAAUUUUAUGGUGUUUGUGUCACAGAGUAAUUACUGAAGUACUUUAAAACAAAAUGUAAUAACAUGCAACAAAAUCUACUUAAUUUGUUACUAAGGAAUGGCAACACCUGUUCUUACAAUUUGUAAUAAUGAAAAUAAAUAUUUGCUGCUCACAU